UUGUUUUCUCUCUAUCGAUUCUCCCCAAUUAACUUUUGUCACUGCAAAAAUAUCCCACGACAAUGGCUCAUGAUUCUAAACGUGUCACCACAAAUCUGGCCACGAUGUACGGCAGAAUCGCGCCGUCCGGGAAUCACGAGAAGAUCAAAAUCUACUUCUGCACGGAUCUGGACAAGUCGGUGCUGAUCAACAACUUCGAGAAGCGCGGCUGGGUGCAAGUGGCGGCCGAUGAUGACUGGAACUUCUACUGGGCAGGAACGCAGACGUGUCGCAACAUCUUCAGCGUGGACAGCGGCUACAGGAUGCACGACAACCAGAUCAUCAACCACUUCCCCAAUCACUACGAGCUGUCGCGCAAGGAUUUGCUUGUGAAGAACAUCAAGAGGUACCGGAAGGAUCUGGAGCGCGACGGAAGUCCGUUGGCUGAGAAGACGGAAACCAAUCAAACAGGCGGAACGAAGUAUCUCUACUUGGACUUCAUUCCCGUUACCUUCGUCCUUCCGGCCGACUACAACAUGUUCGUGGAGGAGUACAGGAAGAAUCCGUCCAGCACGUGGAUCAUGAAGCCGUGCGGCAAGUCGCAAGGUGCCGGAAUAUUCCUCAUCAACAAACUGUCGAAGCUGAAGAAGUGGUCACGCGAGGCUAAGACGGCCUUCCAUCCGCAGAUCGGCAAGGAGAGUUACGUGAUCUCGCGCUACAUCGACAAUCCACUGCUGAUCGGUGGCAAGAAGUUCGAUCUCCGCCUCUACGUGCUCGUCACGUCUUUCCGCCCACUGAAGGCGUACCAGUUCAAGUUGGGCUUCUGCCGCUUCUGCACCGUGAAGUACGACACGAGUGUCACGGAGCUGGACAACAUGUACGUGCAUCUGACGAACGUGAGCGUGCAGAAGCACGGCGGCGAGUACAACAAUCUGCACGGCGGCAAGUGGAGUGUGCAGAAUCUAAGGCUGUACUUGGAGGGCACGCGCGGCAAGGAGGUGACGGACAAGCUGUUCGGCUCCAUCACGUGGCUGAUCGUGCACUCACUGCGCGCCGUGUCGCCCGUGAUGGCCAGCGACAGGCAUUGCUUCGAGUGCUACGGAUACGACAUCAUCAUCGACAACACGCUGAAGCCUUGGCUGGUGGAGGUCAACGCGUCGCCUUCGCUCACCUCCACGACAGUCAACGACAGGAUCCUCAAAUACAAGCUGAUCGACAACAUCCUGUCCGUGGUUCUGCCGCCCGAUGGAAUUCCAGAUGUGCGCUGGAAUAAAAUACCCAAUCAAGAGGCUUUGGGAAACUUCGAAUUGCUGCUGGACGAGGAAAUUGCCGCUCAAGAUGAAAAUUCGUCAAUUGUGAGCAAGAAGCACAACGGAAAUCGCUGGAAAUGACCUUAAAGUCACUCUGUGUGCGAGAUCUUCAUGCAUUUACUUUUACCGAAGCACUUAAAUAUUCAAUAGUUAUGUCGGCAAAGAAGCAUCAAUCAUCAGCUGAUCAUCAAUCACGCGCGCAGGAGGAUCACUUAUAAUGCACUCUCACGCCUAAUGACUAAGUGGAUAUGGGAAAAUUGCAAUAUAUUGCGAGUGAAUAGUUUGGAUUGUCAAUGGUCGUGUUGACGCUUGUGUUCGUGUGUGAAUGUGCACGCGCGCGAAAGGAGUUCUGCAACUUUGCAAUUUUCUUUAUGUGCUUUUUUUACCUGCCUCUCCUUCAGCUGGGGAGUUUUUCACGAGCGGAGAGGGAGAGUGAGCGACAAGCCAAGGCAAUGAACGAGGAAAGUCUCCUCAGACGCGGUGGACUUCUGAGCACUCUUGAGAGACACCUCAACAGUGUUGGGCGAUUUAUUACCUUCAUUUAAUUGUUAACAUGGUUAGAAAUGCUUUUCUUUACACACGAUAUUGUUACAUGCAUCCGAAAUCAUUAGGAAAACAUCAUUUUCAUAACUGAAAAAUGUAGGAAUACAAAAUAAAGCCUGUGAAUGUUAA